UUUAUUCCAAGCAUGAGUCAUCUUGCAACCUCAUCUCUUUUACUCUAUUAUACUUCUUUUAUUUUGAUUCUUUAUUUGGUUAUUUGGUCAGAAAGUUCUAAAACCUUUUUUUGUGUCAAUUUUGGACACAGCAGAUAGAAGCAUUUGCUAAUUCCAUUGCCAAUUGACACAAAUCACAAAAACAUUUGUCACAGAAUCAGGGGAGGAUGAGCCCUGGGACCCCCAAAAGCCCCUCAGCAUGGCUGAGCAGCACCCGAGAGCGGGGGGGAUGCCCAGGACCCACAGGCCCCUCAGAAGUGCUGAGAAGAGGGACCCCCAUAACUUCAAAUAAGAACACUGGAAACAGGGAAAUCCUGGGAGAGUGGUUUUGAACUUGCUGAUUUUUGGAGGUAUUUCUGACCACCAGACACCCAGUGACUUCUAGAGAUGGACUUGGCCAGUGGACCUUCAAAGGCAAUGCACUCACAUCUUGUUUUUCCCCAAAUCAGCAUUUCCCAUUCCCAAACCUUAUCUGGAUAGAGGAGAAGGCUGAAAGGAAGUGGAAGAUGCCCCGGGACACUGAGGCAGACAAGGAGCUGAGGAUGGAGAGCAGGGAGGACAAAUCCCCACGGCAGAACCUCAUGGACGAGGCCGUUUUUAGCGGCUCCACGGCACAGGAAUCCAACAGGGAGGAAAAGCCCCGGAGAUCCCUCAGGAGGAGGGGCUCCAAACCCAGCCCAGGAUAUGCUGAGGGAGGAAGACCCAGCCUGUGCCAGGAAGGCAGCCAGAGAUCUGGCCAGAGCUCUGAGGUGGUGGUCCAUGAGCAGCGUGAUGAUGGCAAGAAGCCCCACCAGUGCUUGGAAUGUGGGCAGAGUUUCCUCAUGAGGUCCCGCCUGGUCCGCCACCAGAUGGUGCACACUGGGGAACGGCCCUACGAGUGUGGGGAAUGUGGGAAGGGCUUCAGAGAAACCUCGGACCUGAUCCGCCACCAGAGGAUUCACACUGGGGAACGCCCCUACGAGUGUGGGGAAUGUGGGCAGAGAUUCAGCAUCAGCUCCUACCUGAUUGUCCACCAGAGGAUCCACACUGGGCAACGGCCCUAUGAGUGUGGGCAAUGUGGAAAGACCUUCAACACCAGCUCCAGUUUGAUCCUCCACCAGAGGACCCACACUGAUGAACGGCCCUAUACAUGUGGAGAAUGUGGGAAAGGCUUCAGGAAGAGCGGCCACCUGAAUCGCCACCAGAUGACCCACACUGGGAUACGACCCUACGUGUGUGGGGAGUGUGGGAAGGGCUUCUGUGACACCUCUGGCCUGAUCAUCCACCAGACAAUGCACACUGGGGAAAGCCCCUACACGUGCUCAGAAUGUGGGAAGAGCUUCAGCCGGAGCUCCAAACUGAUUGUCCACCAGAGGAUCCGCACUGGGGAGAAGCCCUAACAGUGUCCCAAGUAUGAGAAGAACUUCUCCCAAAACUCAACUGUGACCCAGCACCAAGGGAGGCAGCAAGUAAGGGAAGCCCUACAAGUGCCCCGUGUGCGGGAAGAGCUUUGAGCGCUACUCCAGCUCCAUCCCCCACUGGAGGACCCCCAUUGGAUGGUCCAUGAUGACCCUCAUUGGGCAGAGACUUGGUGAUCCAUGGUCCUGGUGAUCCCUGUUAGAAAGACACCUGGCUGGUGGUCUGCACAUCUUCCUGGCUUCCCUUGGACACUUGGACACAGCCAGAGAAAAAUGCAUUGGGAUGCAAACCGACAUCAGAAUUUCAUAGGGGACAGCACAGUUUUUUUACUUUCAACCCCAAAAUUAUCUUACCUUUUGCAGCCAAUCAUUUCUUCAGGUGGCAUCAAGGAUGGUAUUGGAGGUCUUUUCCAACCUAAAUCAUUCCAUGAUUCUAAUUCUCCCUGGCCUAGAGACAUCUUCCACAGCCAAAUGGUGAUGGACUGGGGCACAAAACCAGGAUUUUGGAGACAAUGGAGUAGAAAUUCCUCUAGAAAAGGUCCAUUCUACCCACCCAGGCACAUGGAUACUCAGCCAACAUGGACACAUAAAUCCUGUUAUUUUGCCCUUGA